AUGUUCCCGACAGUGGAUGUGCGAGCGCUGGCAGAGGCGGUGAGGGGGGACAUCACACCUGCUCCUUUCCCCUCCUUCCCCCCAUGCAAAUGCACACCGUGUAUCUCCCUGACUCCUCUGCAGUCCCACUCACUCGCCUCACGAGAAUCAGCGGCACGCAAGGCCCUGCCCAUGCAUCUGACGGUGGAGCUGAGGGAGCAGCUGGCGGAGGCGACUCAUCUGCAGUCCCACUUACCUGCCUCACAAGAAGCCUCUGUGCGCAAGGCUCUGCCCAUGUAUCCAACAGUGGAGCUGAGGGAGCUGGCGGAGGCGGUGGGGCGGGACAUCAUGCGCGGCAAUCCCGAGGUGACGUGGAGCAGUGUCAAGGGGCUGGGCGGCGCCAAACAGCUGCUCAAGGAGGCCGUCGUCAUGCCCAUCAAGUACCCGCAGUACUUCACGGGUCUGCUCGCCCCAUGGAAGGGCAUUCUGCUCUUUGGCCCUCCUGGAACAGGCAAGACAAUGCUGGCCAAGGCGGUGGCAACGGAGUGUCGCACCACCUUCUUCAACGUCUCUGCCUCCACGCUUGUCAGCAAGUGGCGAGCUUCGAUUCGAUGCACGGCAGUGAGGAGCUUUGAGAAGCUGCAGGCGAUUCAGAGGAGCUGGUGCGCAUGCAUGCUUUUCCACGAGGCGCGCGCCCUGGCGCCUCCCACCAUAUUCCCGGACGAGGUUGAUGCCCUCACCAGCCACUGCUAUGCCACCGACCCACCCACCAACCUCCUCGUCUUCCCACACCCCUUUGCAUCUUUCCCCCCCACAGGCGACUCUGAGAAGCUGCCACCGGGGGAAGCAGCUACCCACCCAGUUUCCCGUCUGUUCAACCCCCAACCCAACCCACCACCGCCUCCCUUACAGGUGAUUCCGAGAAGCUGGUGCGGAUGCUGUUUGACGUGGCACGCGCCCUGGCCCCCUCCACCAUCUUUCUUGACGAGGUGGAUGCCCUCAUCAGCCACCGGGGGAAGCAGCUACCCACCCAGUUUCCCGUCUGUUCAACCCCCAACCCAACCCACCACCGCCUCCCCUACAGGUGAUUCCGAGAAGCUGGUGCGGAUGCUGUUUGACGUGGCACGCGCCCUGGCCCCCUCCACCAUCUUUCUUGACGAGGUGGAUGCCCUCAUCAGCCACCGGGGGAAGCAGCUACCCACCCAGUUUCCUGUCUGUUCAACCCCCAACCCAACCCACCACCGCCUCCCCUACAGGUGGAUGCCCUCAUCAGCCACCGGGGGAAGCAAAGCAGCUACCCACCCAGUUUCCCGUCUGUUCAACCCCCAACCCAACCCCACCACCGCCUCCCCUACAGGUGAUUCCGAGAAGCUGGUGCGGAUGCUGUUUGACGUGGCACGCGCCCUGGCCCCCUCCACCAUCUUCCUGGACGAGGUGGACGCUCUCAUCAGCCACCGGGGAGGUGGGACAGGCGAGCACGAGGCCAGCAGGCGGCUCAAGACGGAGCUGCUUGUGCAGGUGGGAAGAGGGGGGGUUGGCGUUGACGGGGAGGAACAUGAUGGUAUGACGAUGGACGGGUUGAGCGGCUCGUCCGACCUGGUGUUUGUGCUGGCCGCCACCAACCUGCCGUGGGAGCUCGACACUGCCAUGCUGCGCCGCCUCGAGAAGCGCGUGAGUCUAUGCCCUGCUGCUGCAGCCACUCUUAGAGUGGACUCUAAAGUCCUCGUACUCCAGAGUGGAUCUAGUCCCCCCUUUCCCCACCAGAUCCUAGUACCUCUACCAGACUCUGACGCCCGCAGAGCCAUUCUCUCCUCGCUGCUGCCACGGCCGCACAAGGCUGCAUGGACGGGCACUGGCCUGCACAUACAGGCGCCCACCACGCACAUACAGGCGCCCACCACGCACACAGAUGCUCACAGCGUGGGGAACGAUGGCAGUGCAGAUGUGUGUAAGGAUGGUUCCGCGGAAAACGAGGGUGGAGGAGCAACUGCCGGUCGUGAAUGUGUGGGGGUGAAGUGGAGAGGGGCUAAUGGGGUGGUGGCGGUGCAAGCUAAUGGCUGCUCUGAUAUGCCUCAGAAUGGGAUGGGGCCACGGGGGAUUGAUUGCAGCUGGUGCGUGGUUGCUCAGUGCAAGGAAAUUGAGGAGCAUGGGAUAGGGGACGGCGAUGGGGGGUGUGGCGGAGAGAGGAGGAGAGAUGAUCAGGGCGUGAGGGAGGAUGAGAACCAGAGGGAGGAAGCGGGGAGCAAGGAGGAAGGAGAGGGGGCAAGGGAAAAGGCGAGAAAGGAGGAAGGGAGGAGACGGGAGAAGCAAUGGGAGGAGGAGGUCGACUUAGAGGGUGUGGUGGCGGCAACGGAAGGGUAUUCAGGUGCUGACAUGCGGCUGCUGUGCAAGGAGGCAAGCGAGGAGGCAAGCGAGGAGGAGUGGGAGAAUGAGAUUGGAUUGGAAGGUGUGGUGGCGGCAACGGAGGGGUAUUCAGGUGCUGACAUGCGGCUGCUGUGCAAGGAAGCUGCCAUGCGGCCCCUGCGCCGCCUCAUGGUCCUUAUUGAUGGGGCGGAGAGGGUAGUAAAAGGGGAGAGUGGAGAGAGGGGGGAGAGGGGGGAGGAGGGGAAGAUGGGGACUCGAGAGGAAGGGGAGAUGGUGGAUAGAGGGGCGACUGGGGAGCGGGGGGAGAGAGGGGAGAAAUGGGAGAAGGAGGGUAGGGAGGAAGUGAUGGAGGAGGUGGUGAAGGGGGCAGAGGGUAAGGGUAAGCAAGCGGAGAGGGCUGAGCCGGAGCAUGUGCUUGUGCCUGUGCUUGGGCCGAUCACGCGGGAAGACAUGCAGAUGGCGCUGCAUGUGACCAAGGCGCUGGGCAGGGUGCAUGCUGACAGGUACCUUGCUUUCGACCGGGAGUUCGGCAGCAGAUACACGUGA